GUGACUGGUGAGUUUCUGUGUAUGUAGAGCUAGCUGUACUGUUGUGUCAGGGUUUGAAGUACAAUAAGUCAGUGCCAGGUGCAUCGAAGACCUUCAGCGAGAAGAAUGAAGUCUCGGCUAUGCCUCGUUCUCCUGCUGACGCUCAGCGUCGCAACAGUUCAGGGGCAAUACUUCUACCGUUCUGCACAAGAUGUGAUGGGCAUCUACUUUGACCAGGAUCUGGAGACGGCAGGCAACACCACUAACAGCACCACCAGUGACUGCCCUCACCAGCCAUCAACAUGGCUCGGAUUCGUCUGUGCUGCGGUCUCUGUUGUCUUUUUUGGCAUCAACUUCUUGCCUGUAAAGAAGAUUGAGACUGGCGAUGGUAUGUUCUUCCAGUGGAUUGUCUGUAUGGGUAUCUGGCUGUCUGGCCUGGUCAUAUACGCCAUUCGAGGAUUCCCAAAGUUCCAGCCACUGGCCAUGGUGGGAGGGUUGCUAUGGGCAACUGGAAAUAUCACUGUUGUGCCCAUCGUGAAGAUGAUCGGUCUUGGCAUGGGUCUGUUGAUCUGGGGGUUGGCUAAUCUUCUAUUUGGCUGGGCCAGUGCUAGGUUUGGUAUCCUGGGUAUAACUAAACCAGAGAUCCCAUGCAGCAAGCUACUCAAUGAUCUCGGAAUUGUGUUUUGCGUUCUCGGCUUAAUGUUGUACUUCUUCGUGAAGACGGAGCCGCAGCCACUGCCAUCAGAACCUGACGAGAGCACGCAUCUUCUGGCGGGCUCUGGCAGGCUGUCGGUACAGCGCAUGGACAGUGGGCAGGAUGACGAUGCUUCUUGGACGGACAAGAUCAAAAACCCCAUGGUCAAGAAAGCUGUCGCUAUUGGCAUGAGCCUGUUUGCCGGCGCUCUGUACGGCGUCAACUUCAACCCGGUCACGCACCUGGAGGAGAACGUCACGCUGCACGGCCUGGAACCAUCCACCUACGUCAGCCUGGACUUUGUCUUCCCUCACUUCUGCGGCAUCCUGGCCACCAGCUCCAUCUACUUCUUCCUGUACUGUGCCGUGAUGAAGAGCAGUCCGAGGGUGUAUCCCAAGUGCAUCCUACCGGGACUCAUGUCCGGUGUCAUGUGGGCCAUUGCUGAUGCAAGCUGGUUCAUUGCCAAUGAGAAGCUCAGCCAGGCUGUGGCCUUCCCCCUCAUCACAACGGGUCCUGGUCUGGUGGGUGCUGUGGUUGGUAUCAUCUUCUUUGGAGAAAUCAAGGGCAAGCGCAAUUUCGUCUUCCUGGGCUGUGCAUUCCUGAUGACCAUCAUCGGGGUGGCGCAAGUGGCCGUCUCCAAGAUUGUCCAUGUGUAAGAGAGAAAUCAUCGUUGGGCUGGCUGUGUGUUUGCAGAGGGUGAAUGCUAGCCAAGCCCAGCACCUCAUCCUCUUUUCCUCUUUAGGCUCAUGUCUGAAGAGGGUCACUAUUAUUUCGUUGUCGUCAAGCGUAUAGAACGAACUGUUUCACUUCGUGGAUUAGUAUGUCAGAUUCCGGGGCACUUGCCGCAGUGUGUCCCAUUGCUAGUCACCCUACACUCUCACCCGCACCCUUAGGCACGUGUUUCCUCUUAGCUCACAGCACGCACACCCUGCACGCACACCCUGCACGCACACCCUGCACGCACACACCCACAGAAUAUGGAUGGAUAGUGUCUCAUCCGCUUUGCCUUGGCAGCUGGUCUGCCUAGGGCGCCUGUAUCCGGGUUUUUUCUCUCCUGAUAUAUUUCUUGAUGUAUUUAUAUGUGCAUGUAGGAUGGUCGCGAGCGACUUAUAGAGCAUUUCACGUAUUCCAUUCUCUAGUUUACUUGGCUGUUUAUCUUCUCUUUUUUUCUUUUUUUAAAUAUUGGGCUAACUAUAGCCCAUAUAAUAUUAUUAUUUUGAUGAACAUUCUGAUCGAAUUCUUAUCUUGGAUUCGCCUAAAUUAUUAUUAGUUUCGGAACGCCUUCUUAUGUCUUUAUUUUCGACUGCUUUCAUAUUCAUAUUCAUUUCUUACCGCGCAUACCGAUGCUUCAUCACUUUCUGCCUUUUUCUGGAUUUCCUGUUGGAGCACGCGAAGUAACAUCUGUGUAGUUUGGAAGGCCACUGCACUGUUA